AUGGAGACGAGAAUCUCAUUUACAUCUGGACGCAAAAUCACUGUUUUGGAAACUGCAGAAGAGUUGCUUUGUAAUUCAACAACAAAUGCAUGUUAUAUUGAGUGCUCCUAUUACGAUUUCAGUCAAAUCAAAAAUUUCACAGAACCAAAAACAUUUGACCUGGAAAUAAAUCAUGAGGAUAACACAAGAGUUGACUUCAGCAUAUGUGACACAUUAUCCAAAUGCACUGUGGUAGAUUGCUUGCCUGGUGACAUAAGUAAGCUCCUGAAAAAGAAAGCGGAAAAACUGAAUAUGCCAAAAGACAUGAGAAACAUUCUCAAUAUUAAAAGAAUGUGCAAAGAUGUGAUCUUUCAUGAAGCUGUUCUGGAUACCUACAUUAGUGUGGAAAAGAAAGCCAUCCAUGGCAUUAUAAAUAUGAAUAAUUCUGAGAAAUCCAAGACCUACUAUCAAGAGGAUCUUUCCAUCAUUGUGGUUAAGAUGAAUUUAAGCACGACAAAUGAGUUUGUACAAAUCGCCGCUCCAGGGGUAUUCAAUUGUGAUGAAGUAGCUGAUACACAGAUCCCAGUUGAGCCUUUCAAUAAUGAGAACGAGAGCAAAAUUGGCAUAGUUACCUACGAUUCUGAUCAGCACUUAAAGUUGAAAGCGAGAAAUAAAUUGUUUUCCUCCAAAGUCAUACGGAUUGAAGUCCCUGGACGUGACAUUGUAAAUUUGAUCAAUCCACUUAAUAUGAGCUUCAAACUUAAUUACACAAACGACACAUCUAACUACAACCUGUCCUGUCAAUUCUAUGAUGAAAACGGAGACAGAACCUGGAAAGCGGAUGGCUGUAACACCACUCCGAUCAGUGAUAAUGUUGUGGAGUGUUACUGUAACCAUAUGACCCCUUUUGCUGUGCUUCUGAUCAACUUGAAUGACUCAACAAUAUCCAAAAAGCAAUGGGAAAUCUUGUCGUACAUCAGCUAUGUAGGCUGCGGUCUCUCUACGUUCUUUUCUGCCACCACUGUCUUGUCAUUCAUUUUCAACAGUAAUGCAAGGGCAGAAGUGUCCAGCGGCAUUCACGUGUCUCUGAGCGGCGCUCUGUUUCUCCUCAACAUGAGCUUCAUGCUCAGCGAGUGGGCAGCUACACUGACUGUGAAAGAAGUGUGCGUGUUUAUUGCUGUGACGAUACACUACAGCCUGCUGUGUUCUUUCACCUGGAUGGCUAUUGAAGCCUUGCACCUCUACCUUCUUCUCAUCAGAGUCUUCAACAUUUACAUCAGACAUUACAUGGUCAAGCUGUCUCUGAUCGGAUGGGGAGUCCCUGCAGUUAUUGUUGGAGGCUUGCUGUCAGUUAAUACCAUGUAUGGUAUAACUGAGAUGACAUUUUAUGAUACGAAUACAACAAAUCAAAUUUGCUGGAUCAGAGACCCUCACGUCCUGUAUGGCGUGAACAUUUUCUACUUCUCCAUCGUAUUCCUGUUCAACUUAGCAAUUCUAAUCACAGUGUCCAGACAGAUCCUUAGGCUACGACAUGUGAGCAACAGGCAUGACAAGAUGCAAGUUUGGAAGGACGCUGGCACAGUUUUGGGCCUCAUGUGUCUGGUGGGUACAACAUGGGGCUUGGCCUUCUUCAGCUAUGGAUAUAUCAACUACCCGAUACUCUACCUAUUCUGCAUCUUAAACACAAUGCAAGGGUUUUACAUCUUUGUGUGGAUGUGUGGUACAGCGAGGAAAAACAGAGCGCAAACACCUCAUUCCAAGUCUAAAUCCACUCUGGACAGCUCCAAAUAAAGUCCUCUCAUUCAUUUCUCUU